AUGCGCCCAGAUACAAGCAUUGAAGUAGCGAUCAUUGGCGGAGGCAUCGCUGGUGUGACUGCCGCCAUCGGCCUUCUCUCCAAAGGAAUUUCCGUCAAAUUGUACGAGCGAGCCAGUGCGUUUCGUGAAAUCGGAGCAGGAAUUGGACUCUCUCCGAACGCCGAACGAGCAAUGCUUCUGCUGAAUCCGAAUAUUCAUGCUGUCUUUAAAAAGCUCGCGACUCCGAACACAGAGGACUGGUUUCAAUAUGUGGAUGGAUUCAACAGAUCGGAGAAGGGUGAUGGCGAGGAGCUGUUGUUCAAGGUAUAUCUUGGCGAAAGGGGCUUCGAAGGAUGUCGCAGAACCGACUUCCUCAACGAACUAGUGAAGCUUUUACCUGAAGGCUGUGUGGAGUUCCGCAAAGAUCUAGUGAAUAUCACGGAGCCCCGGGAUGAAUGUACCAUGAUCACCCUUCACUUCGCUGACGGUUCCACCUCGACUGCCGAUGCGGUACUUGGUUGCGACGGGCUUCGAUCUCGCGUUCGGGAACAUGUUUUAGGUGUGGAGCACUCGGCGGUUCGGCCUUCCUACACCCACAAGUUAGCCUACCGCGGCGUAAUUCCAAUUGAAGACGCAAUCCAAGCCAUUGGCAAAGAAAAAUCUUUGACAAGGUUUAUGCAUCUUGGACCGGGUUGCCACGUACUGACUUUCCCCGUCUCCAUGUGCACCAUGUUGAACGUCGUUGCAUUUGUUACCGAUCCAAAUGACUGGCCCAGUGUUGAUCAAACCACAUUUCCUGCGACUAAGGAAGAGGUUCUUGAAUCCUUUGCAAGUUUCGGUCCUGUGGUCACUGCAAUAAUGGAUUUAUUAGUCCACAGAUUGGACAAGUGGGGGAUUUUUGACUUACACGAGAGUCCAGUGACGACAUAUGUUUCUCAAGGCGGACGUGUUUGUCUAGUCGGCGAUGCAGCUCAUGCUGCAGCUCCACACCACGGAGCUGGAGCAGGUUCUGCAAUCGAGGACGCCCUGGCGUUGGCUGUGGCGUUGGAGGAGGUCGACAAAACAUUGUCAGCCAACCAACAACCAGUUAGCAGACAAAUGGCCAUUUCUGCAGCGUUUUCUGCAUACGAAAGUGUGCGAUAUGAGCGCACUCAAUGGUUGAUCGAGAGCAGCCGAUUUAUGGGAGAGGUUUUCGAAUGGCAAACCGCUCUUUGCGAAGCAGAUCCCGCCAAGUGCCACAGCGAGGUUGAGUGGCGAUCUCACACAAUCUGGGAUUAUGAUGUGGAUCAAAUGGUCGAGGCAGUUAGCGCAAUAUUUGGAUCGAAGGUAAGUGAAGCACUAGGGCAUGACAGGGGAUUGUGA